AGAAUGGCCAAUCACCCUGAGUUUGCGAAGGCAGGGAAGAAGCCUGGUCUCCAGGUGUGGAGGGUCGAAAAGAUGGAUUUGGUGGCUGUGCCUGAAAACCUCUAUGGGGGGUUCUACUCCGGAGACGCCUACCUCAUCCUCAAUACGAUCAAACAACGGUCAGGCAAUCUGCAGUAUGAUCUUCACUUCUGGCUAGGUGCCGAGUGCUCUCAGGAUGAGAGUGGUUCUGCUGCCAUCUUCACCAUCCAAAUGGACGACUUCCUCGGCGGAAAACCCAUUCAGUACCGCGAAGUCCAGGGCUACGAAUCCAAAACAUUUGUGGGCUACUUCAAAUCUGGACUCAAAUACAUGAAAGGAGGUGUGGCCUCGGGAUUCAGGCACACAGUAACCAACGACGUGGAUGUUCAGCGUUUGCUCCACGUGACAGGCAGGCGUGUCGUACGAGCCAGCGAAGUCCCUGUGAGCUGGGACAGCUUCAACCAGGGAGACUGCUUCAUCUUGGACUUGGGUGCAGACAUUUAUCAAUGGUGCGGCUCUAAGAGCAAUCGUUUUGAGAGGCUAAAGGCCACCAAUGUCUCCAGAGAUAUCCGGGACAACGAGCGAUGUGGGAGAGCGAAGCUGCACAUGUGUGAGGACGGCUCAGAGGAUGAGAAGAUCCUGGAGAUUUUAGGACCAAAGCCUGAUCUUCCAGAUGUGCACACAGAAGAUGUAAAAACUGAUGUGUCAAAUAGGAAGAUGGCCAAAUUAUAUAAGGUGUCUGAUGCAACUGGUGACAUGUCGGUAACAGUGGUGGCAGAAGAAAACCCCUUCUCGCAGAGUGCGUUGGAAUCCACGGAUGUUUAUAUUCUGGACCAUGGUUCCAACGGCAAAAUAUUUGUCUGGAAAGGAAAGGAUGCAAAUAAGGAGGAGAGGAGCGCUGGGAUGAAGGUGGCGGAGGAGUUCAUCCAUAAAAUGGGUUACCCCAAACACACUCAGGUCCAGAUCCUCCCAGAAAACGGCGAGACCCCUCUCUUCAAGCAGUUCUUCAAGGUCUGGCGUGACGUGGAUCAGACUGUUGGCAUGGGAACUGCAUACGUGUCCAAUAAAAUCGCCAAGAUCGAGAAAGUUCCCUUUGAUGCUUCAACUCUGCACCAAUCAGAGGCCAUGGCAGCUCAACAUGGCAUGCUUGAUCAGGGCAAUGGGGAGAAGCAGAUUUGCCGCAUAGAAGGAUCGGACAUGGUUUCCGUAGACCCUUCCAUGCACGGUCAGUUCUACGGAGGAGACAGCUACAUCAUCCUGUACACCUACCAGCACGGAGGUCGACAGGGUCAAAUCAUCUAUAUAUGGCAAGGAGAUGACUCCAGCCAGGAUGAAGUUGGAGCUUCUGCCAUAUUGGCAGCCAAGUUGGAUGAGGACGUUGGUGGAGGAGCAGUGCAGGUGCGUGUUGUCCAAGGUAAAGAGCCCCCCCACCUCAUGAGUCUUUUUGGAGGUCAGCCAAUGGUAGUGCACAAGGGCGGGACUUCCAGAGAUGGUGGGCAGACCGAAGCUGCGGAGACACGCCUCUUCCAAGUGCGCGCCAACACAGCAGGUUUCACACGAGCUGUUGAGGUUGAUGCUGUGGCCUCAAACCUGAACUCCAACGAUGCGUUUGUCCUGAUGAAGCCAUCCGGCUCUGUGCUGUGGGUGGGUCAUGGCACCAGCGACCCUGAGAAGCAAGGAGCCCAACAGCUCAGCAACCUUUUGGGCAUAGAGGUCACAGAGGUCACUGAGGGAGAUGAGGGAGAUGACUUCUGGGAUGCUCUGGGAGGAAAGAGCGAUUAUCGUACUUCACCCAGGCUGAAGAACAAAAUGGACGCCCAUCCUCCGAGGCUCUUUGCCUGUUCCAACAAAACAGGGCAGUUCCUGAUCGAGGAGGUGCCCGGUGAAGUGACCCAGGACGACCUGGCUCCUGAUGAUGUCAUGAUUCUGGAUACCUGGGAUCAGGUCAUGGUCUGGAUUGGAAAUGAGGCCAAUGAGGAGGAAAAGACUGAGGUUAUGACUUCAGCUGUCCGUUACAUUGAAACCGAUCCAGCCAACCGAGAUCCAAAGACGCCAAUCGUAACUGUGAAACAAGGCUUUGAACCCCCUACGUUUACCGGAUGGUUCCUGGGAUGGGACCACGAAUACUGGAACAGCGACCCGCUGCAGCGAAUAAUGUCUCAACUGGAGCUGUGA